AGAAAGCCAGCUUCCUCUUCUCUUCCUCUCAACUUGCACCUUCCUCCCUAUCUAUAUAUUCUUCUCACUUUCUUCUCAUUCAGCUCAGCUGCCUUCCUCCUUCUCCAAUCUCCAAUCUCCAAUCUGCAACUACAAACUACAACUUCAAUCUGCCAUGGAAUACACAAGCUUGGUUGAUACUUCUUUGGAUCUUAAUUCCAAUCCUUCUCACUUCCUCUCUCUAGUUCCGAAACAAGAAGUCCAAAGCAACUUCAUUGAGCUUGGAUUGAAGAUGCCAACUCAUGUUAAUGAUAAGGCAGCUGACGGUUUGGUGGAGGAGCUGAAUAGGGUGAGUGCAGAAAACAAGAAGCUUACUGAGAUGUUAACUGUCAUGUGUGAGAACUACAAUGCUUUGCAAAACCAUUUGGCUGAUUAUAUGAGCAAGAAUCCAGCACCAUCAGACAGCAACAACAACAACAACAACAACAACUCCAGGAAGCGAAAACCCGAAACCCUCACUAACAACAACAACAUAAUUGAGAGAGGGAAUUCUGAAAGCAGUUCUAGUGAUGAAGAUUCUUGCAAGAAACCUAGACAACAAGAUCAACAACACAUCAAGGCCAAGAUUUCUAGGGUCUGUGUUCGCACCGAAGCCUCCGAUACCGGCCUCUUGGUGAAGGAUGGAUAUCAAUGGCGGAAAUAUGGGCAAAAGGUCACAAGAGACAACCCUUCUCCUAGAGCUUAUUUCAAAUGCUCCCAUGCUCCAAGUUGCCCAGUCAAAAAGAAGGUUCAAAGAAGUGUUGAGGAUCAAUCAAUCUUGGUGGCAACUUAUGAAGGAGAACACAACCAUCCAAACCAAUCGAAACAGGAGCAGGCAAACUCAGGGUUGAGCCGAACAGUUGCGACGGCCACGCUGGGUUCAGUUCCAUGCUCGGCCUCACUGGGGUCAUCGGGACCAACUAUCACCCUGGACUUGACAAACCCACCAAAACCACCCACUAACCCUUCAGAAGAAGCCAAGGUUGGGGGUAACCGGAGAGUUGACACACCCGAGUUUCAACAGUUUUUGGUAGAUCAAAUGGCAUCAUCAUUGACAAAAGAUCCCAGCUUCAAAGCAGCAUUAGCAGCGGCAAUUUCGGGAAGAAUCGUUCAACAAAACCAAUCUCAGAAGUGGUAGCAGCCAUCAGCCAUCAGCCAUUGAUGAUGAUGAUGAGAUCAUGGAUGAUGUAGAUACCACAUGGUUAAAUUAAAGAAAAAGAGAACAAGUGAUAGUGGUAGGAAGCUUCGAGUUCUGUAUAAUGAGAUUAGGAAGGAAAAAGUGGUGGUGGGUGGUUGGGUGAUUGAUUGGUUGGUUUGCUUCCAAUUUUUAAUGGGUAGGAAAAAUAUAUACCCACAUGAGAUUCAAACCAACAAAUACUUGAAUUGUUGAUAUAAAGUUAAAAUAUAUAUUAGAUUUUUUAUUCCUCUUUCUUU